AUGACGAUAGCUGGGUCCACAUUUAUAACAAUAAAAGAGUGGAAGAGCACUGGCAAAGUAAGGAAAGAUGCUUUAAGCCCAGCUCACAAGAAUUAUGAGACAGUUUCAUGUCACAAAAUAAAUGUUCAACAGUUACAAGAAAGUAUCACAAAAUGCAAGCACGACUCAGCAGAACAUGGUGUAACCAAGGAACCUGAGAAGAACCGCAGAGUAGGAUUCCUUGAAUGGAUACUGACAAGUUUUGCAAUACAAAAGAGUGUGCCUGCCAUGUUGUCCACCCAGAUUACUGCAGGAAGCUACUCUGUGAUAAACGGGAUCCGAGUUCUGAGUUUAUUGUGGAUCAUUUCAGGACAUGUCUGCCAAUUUAUCCUUCUCAAUAAUCUAGAUAAUCCAGUGCAAUGGCUGCUCUCUGUUCCAAACAAUGUCCUCUAUAUAUUUUCGCUUGGUGGCCCUUUUUAUUUGUCAGUGGAUACCUUUCUCCUAAUUAGCGGUUUACUGAGUGCGAGGACACUUCUGAACAAGCAUCAUCAACUUGUCCAAGCGCUGACCUUCAAAAUCAUAAAGGACUAUGUGAUGAAGAGAUUACAAAGAAUUCUUCCACUUUACAUAUAUACCAUGUGCUUACUCAUUGGGAUGUAUGCACUUGUUCCAUGGAAGUCCCUGGGAGAAGUUCCAAAGUCGCUCUUGGAUAAAUGCAGAAGGUCUUGGUGGACAAAUCUGCUGUUUAUUAACAACUUCGUUUUGAUUGACCAACGUUGCAUGGGUUGGACAUGGUACCUUGCAAAUGACUUUCAGUUUCAUCUCACAACUCCGUUCUUCAUUUUGCUCCUCUACAGAUUGCUUUCACACACGGUAUACAACACUGAAUACUACAUAAAGCCUUAUUGUCGCUAUGGUCCAUUCUUAAUUGGAAUCAUGUUGGGCAUCUUACUGCAUCACAGAAAAGGACCUUUGCUGACCAAGACCUCUGCCCUUACUGGAUGGCUGUGCUGUCUGACCACAAUGGCUGUAGUAGUUGCGCUGGGCUAUGCACUGGAUGACUCUGUUGAGUCCUAUUCUGUGGCCCCUGUCCUCUAUCAGUCGUUGCACAGGAUUGCUUGGGCAGCUGCCGUAGGCUGGAUCAUACUCGUAUGUGAAAAAGGACAUGCAGGGUUUGUUGGUACUUUUCUGUCCAGCAAGUUAUGGAUCCCCCUUGCCAAUAUCAGCUAUGCCUGUUUCCUGAUACACCCUGCUGUGAUAGAUAUGUAUUCUGGGCUACAGGAGACACUCCUUCAUUACACAGACAUCAACAUGUUUUACCUCUUCAUUGGUCACACGGUUUUGGCACACAUCAUAGGAUUUGCAUUAUGCAUAUUUAUUCAAAAUCCUGUUGAAGCGUUACGAAAGUACUUCUGA